AUGAGCCCCCUGAUCGCCAUAGCGAAGCUCCGGGUCCUGCUGUCUCCUCCAACACCUUCCGCUCUCCUCCAGCUGUUGCCAACAGCCACUGGUGGUGGGCGGCGGAUGGGGGCGGAGUGCGGGUGGAGGAUCCGUGGGCAACCUGGCCCCUCCUCUGCUUUCUCCAUCUCCUCAUGGUCCACCACCUCAUGGUCCACCACCUCAUGGUCCACCACCUCAUGGUCCACCUCCUCCCCCGUGUUCGCCUCCUCCCCCUCCUCUUCCACCUCUUCGUCCCCUACGAACCCGGCGACCCGAGUUUCAUCCCCGGCCGCGGCUAACGCCUCAUUCUACUCCACCUCCUCCUCGCCCCCCCCCACCUCGUCGCACCCCCCUGUGCCCGCCCCGGCUGGUCGCCGUGGCGACGCCGCGUGGGCCGUGGGCGACCGCGCCGAGAUGCGCCGCGUCUUCACGCCGCGCGACGUGGCCGACUUCGCGAGGCUCACGGGCGACACCAACCCCGUGCACGACGCCGUCGGCGUCGCGCCGGGCCGGGCGGUGGUGCACGGCGUGCUGCUGCUGGGGCUGGUGUCGGCGCUGCUGGGCACGCGGCUGCCCGGCGCCGGCUGCGUGCUGGCAUCGUCGCGCCUGCGCUUCCCGGCGCCGCUGCUCACCGGCGACGAGGUGACGGCGAGCGCCACGGUGGAGCGCGCGCGCGAGCACAGCCUCCUGCUGCGAGUGCUGUGCACGACCGCCGCGCCACAGCCGUCUGCGGAACCGCUGACGACGCAGCGACCGGGACAAUCGCGUCCGUCACCGUCUCCCCAGGCGGGAGCGAGCGGCGAUGGGGCGGCGACGGUGGUGGUGCUGGAGGGGGAGGUGUUGGUGAUGUUGCCGCGUGACCCCACUCAUUGAUCCCCUCCCUGCUAGCAGGGUCUGGUCGCUUGCGCGAGCGACUGCCCUCGAAGUGUUUUGCCAACUCCGUUACAAAUCAAGAUUGUGAACUACCUGUGAUGGUAAUGCGUCUGUAAUCCUUGACAGAAAAUUGUUAAAUAUUGUGUUGUGUAUUACAAUAUUUAUCCUGCGCUGUGUACGAUAGGGUUUUGGGUCUAACUAGGGACCCAUAGAGAGAGAUGGGGGGGGGGGGGCCCUUGCCUGUAAACAUCAGUGAAACACUGAAUAUCGAAACCGGAAACUAUGCACUGCCAGUAGAAAGGCCGUGUGGCUGAUGGGAUGUGUUAAAAAAUACGAAUUAAUAUUUCAUGUGAAGGGCUCCACUGAGUUGUAAUUCCUCCGGUCAGUGUUGUCCUGUUUGAAUAGAAGAGUGAUUGACGCAUCG